AUGCUGCCUCCUUGUGACCUCAUCAUCGAAUUUCUCGAUAGGACAGUUAAAUCACACAACACCGAGAAGCCAUUGAAGGUUAGGGUCACUCUUAAAGCUUUCAGAAAAGUCAAAAUUGAAGAACUAAAUAUUUGCCUCUACUCUGUGGCCAAACUUCUUUUUGGUCAAGGACGUGACUUCAAAGAAAUUAUGAUGACAAAAGACGUGAAUGAUCUUCUUAGAGGCACGCAGCCUAUACUAGAACCUGGUGUCCAUCAGUACGACGCCACGUUCAUUUUUGCAGACUCUCAUUUGUUGGCGCCAUGUGUCCGCUUGGGGUUUUCUCAUGGAGACUUUGCAGAGUUUCAGUAUAUUGUCAAGGGAUGGUGUAAAACAGAAAUGUGUAAUGGCGUCAGCACAGUCAGACCAAUAAAGAUCACGCCCUCUCCUGGGGCUCUUCUGGUGCAGACUGACUUUGUUAAAGGACAUCACCUGGCUAUAGCAUACUCCCCGACCUUAUUGCGGGAUUUUGUCAUGUUCACAGAAAGUCCGAAGGGGAGGAAUCAGAAGAGACAGUGGGCUCUUACAGUUCCUUUUAGGAUGUCCUAUGAGUUUAAGAGGAAAUUUCAAGAUGAAGUAUACAGCGGCCUCAAUCAUGUCUACUAUCAAGGCGAGAACCUUGCAGACUACCUUGAAAUUUGCCUCUAUACGCCAUUCUCCAGUAGCAUGGUAUUGAAUGCUAAAAGUUUGUGGUCAAAGCUGGGGUCAAGGCCAAUUGAGCCACAGGUGAGGAUUCUGCUCACGGAAGCUACAAUGAAGCAAAUAUACUGGAGGGCGGGAGAAAGGAGAAUAAGAUACAUCAGAACAGAUACUUUACUUCAUAAUGAGAACAGCAUGAGUGUCCCUCUCUCUGCUUUUGAGAAGGUUCCUUGCACUUAUGAGUGGGAUGCCGUGAAACCUUGCGGUGCAGUUACUGACUUCGAGUAUCGCUUCAAACUCCCACCGCAGUUGUUGGAUUGUGUUUUGGGCUCCAGUUUCCAGUCGUUCUCUAAUGUACUAGUCGAUCUGCACGUCACAAUGAAGCUCCGCUUUGGAAUUUCCUUUGUGCCUUGCAUGCCUGAUAAGCUUAUUGACUACGAGCUGAAUAUCCUCCUCGUACCCCCUACUGAACUGAGAACAAGACUUAUUAAGAAGCAGCGGCUCCUGGAACUUGAGCAGUUAAAGAGGUUCGACGAUCUUCCGCUGUACCAUCUGGCUUUAGAUACUUACGUUGCUAGAGUGCUUUGA